AUGAAUAUUUCGAGGGGAAUUAACAUAGUAUUAUGGUUAUAUUGUAUAAUUACUGGCUCAGCAAGUUUAGCAUUAAUGAUUUAUGAACCGAUAACUCCGGCUGAUAUUACGCUUAACUGCCCGCUACUUGUAAUGAGUGGAUCUGUAUUCACCUGUCAACUGACUUGCAAUAAAGGAAGUCAUAUACAAGGGACUGUGUCGUUUGCAAACGAUUGGCAAGAUACAAUCUCAUUACCAGAACCAAAUUAUGAUUGGAUAGGACUGCCUCCAAAACGUAUGAAAGAUACAAUGAUAAAUUAUAACACAAACAACUUAAUCAUCACUGGUUCACAAGCUCGCUAUGAUGGAACAAUCAGUACAAUUCAAAUACAUGCACUUCUAUUAACUGAUGUCACCUUUUAUCUUUUACGCGUUCAAUGCACUGGUGGUAUGUACAAUUUUGAAACCAAUAGCUGUUCAUCGACCAACAAUCGUAGCGUAACGUGUUCAGCAAAUCAAGUGUUUUCUGGUUUGGUCCGGGAUUGCGUUAACAUAUCAUCAUCCUACUGCGGUAAUCUACGGCAACUGAAAUUAGAUAAACCUAUAAUUGUUGAAAAUUAUAAUUAUCAAGUGAUAGGAAUUUAUACGGUCAAAUUAACAGUUUUAGGUUGGCAGAAUAUUAAGUUGCCUUCUGUAUGGACUAUUCAGUCAGGUGAUCGAAUAGGAUUCACUAGUAUCUUAGCAGGAAGUAUUGGAUGUGCUCCUUCCUCAUCAUAUGAAGCUGAUGAUUUAGAAACCUUGACAACGUUUUCUGGAACUAAUGGAAGUUCUGUAUUAGGGAGUAAUCUAAAGCGUUUGACUUCUAUACGACAUCAGAUUGGGGCUUGGAUCAGGCCAACUCAUGAUGCAUUAUUGACUGGAUAUAUAAAUACGACAGGGUAUCAAGACGUCUCACUUCAGCUGUACAGUUACUGGGGCAAGAACUAUACAUCACCGGCUCUCAUUAAAACUACUAUUAUGAUAGAUGAAAUUAUAAAUGAAACUCAGUUAAUAUUAAAAUUAUGUGCUGCGGGAAUAGAAUGUUCAUUAGAACUUAAUAGUCAUACAGGCAUUAAUGUUACUUAUGUAUGGGAUUUUGGUGAUGGCACAGUACAGAAAACAACAUCAGUUAAAAUGGUGCAAAAAACCUACAGUACUGCUGGUAAUUAUAGUUUGACCGUCAAUAUAAGCAACAGUCUCCAGUACAAAAUAAUUGUACAAAAUGUGAGUGUGAUAGACAAAUUUGAGUUUUAUGAAAUACAAGGAAAUCAAUUUGCUGAAUUGAAUGGACUAACCACUCUAAAAUUAAAUAUAUCUGGAAGCCGAUUUAUAUGUUCCUGGUAUCUGAACGGUGUUUUGUCUAAAAAUGAUACUAUGACACAAUUUGAUUACAUGCAUAUUCAAAGUGGUGUGGUAGUCUGGAAUGUGACUUGUCGAACUCCUGUGGAAACUGUUAGUAGAAAACUGGAACAAUUUGUAAUGGAGCGUUUCACAGGACUUUCACUUGUAACCAAGAGUUUACAAGUGGCAAAACCAGCUCAGAUUGUUUUUACUUUCAUAACUGGGAAUAAUUUAACAGCUCAGUUGACUUUCUUUAAUCGAACUUUAAAUACAUACAUUGAUUAUGUACAGAAAACUAUCACAUCUGAACUGGUGAGUGAGUCACAGAUAGCGUCUGUAAACUACAGCUUAUGGACAACCAAUUCAAUUGGUUCAAAUUUAACUACUGGUCAGAUACUGUUUGAUGUACCAGUACUUGGCAUGAGCAUACAAGUUGAGCCAAAUUACGCUGGCCCUUCUCAAAACAUGAUUUUUCGUGUUUCGUUUCAAGAAGGCACAUCAAUCAUUUUGACUGUUAAUUAUGGGGACGGUGAAGUAGUCCAGCAAUCCGCUAUGCAGUUGCAAACAUGGCCAAAGGAUUAUCAGUUGACCAAAAAGUAUUUAAACGCCGGUGAGUACACUGUGACGUUUUCAGCAUCCUCAGGGGGUAAUACAGAGAACAGGACAGUCACGGUUUAUGUAGUUGAUAAGAUUGGGGUUUACGCAGCUCAAGCCAUUACUGAAUUUGUAGCUGUUUACGAUCCCGUAACUUUGAAGAUAACAAGGCAAUCUGGAAAUCCUGCAGUGUUAGCUAAAAUAAGCUUAGACUGGGGCGAUAACAGUCAGUUCACCCUAGACGAUUUCCGCGAAGGUGCUGUUUAUAGUCAUAUUUACAAAAGUGAGGGAGAUUUCGGAGUUACCGCUUUACUUACAAAUCCAGUUGACCAAAAAGUUUUUGUUACCACACUUAAAGUUAGAGCAAGAAUUGAAGAUUUUGGUUGUCAAGCUGCACCAAAUCCAGUUGAGACAGGAAAACUGUUAGUGAUUUCAGUGGUUUAUAAAAGUGCACAAGAUGUCAUCAUCAAUGCUUUGUUAAAUAACCGAACAGAUUCCAAACAAAUCAACGUACCAGCACCUAAAUUAACAGAGAUAAAUUACAACUAUCCUGUUGCCGGUUUGUAUUAUGAGGAAAUACAAGCAAAGAAUUUAGUCAGCAACCAGUCAUGUUCACUUAUAGUUGAUGUUCGGAAUAAAAUAGUAAAUAUGAAUAUCGCAUAUGGCGGUCAUGCAGUAUACCCACCUGGAUCUGUCACAUUUACUUUAACAUACACUGGAAUAGCUGCCAAUUUUCCAACACUAGCUAAAUAUAAUGUGGUAUGGGGAGAUGGAAGUGCACCCUCAGAAGGAAUGUUAACAUUGGCAAAUCAACCACAAAAAAUUAGUCACGUUUUAGCUGAUUUAAAUUACUUUCAAGCUUCUGUCACCUUGGACAAUGUUAUAAGUACCAUGACGAAAAAUACUCAGGUUGCCGCUUUUGGUUUAUUCCAACAAAUUGAUUUGAUAAUAACAGUUGCAUCUACUGGUGAUCCUGGUUAUGGAGCAGAUGGAAAUUUUUAUCCACUAGGAGUUCAAUUAAAAUUCCAAGUGCUUGCAAAUGGAAAGCCAAAUAAUGUGGCUAAUAUCACUUAUUCAAUUAUAAAUAAAACUAAUAAUCUCAUACUGGACUCAGGAACUGUUUGGAAUAAUUACUUUUUCUACACAUUUACUAAGUUUGGAGAAUAUAAUAUUGUAGUACUGGCUUCAAAUCCAGUGAGCGCGAAAUCAAUUUCAAAAGAAAUUUCAAUUAGGACUUCUAUACGUGGAUUAAAAGCUUAUCUUGUCGGUAAUGGUAUGUUGGAACCAAAUCAACAAGGUAUAAUACGUAUUUCAUUUGAAGCCUAUCCAAAUGAUGCGUGUUUGUGCAUAGAAAAAUCAGAUGGAGUUGGUCCAGUUUAUUAUCCGAAAUUAACAGAUCCAACAUCUUUCUGUUCAUUAUGUCCCAGUUACUUACGUUUGCAAGAUGCACCAGUCAAUCUGACAUUCUCAUUAAGUGUUCAAUAUGGUUCAAGCGGACCUCAGUAUGUGUCUAUCCAGGCUAUUAGUGCGUCGGAAAUAGUCGAUACUAAAUUAUAUAUCCCUGUUACAUUUUCAACGUGUCCUCCACCUAAAAUAUCUAUGUCGAAUGCAUCAUCACAAUUAACAACUUAUCCAAUUAAAGCAAUUACCUCCGAAAUCAUAAAUAUUGAAGCAAUACUUACCGUACCAAAUUGUUUGUUAUCAGUACCAAAUGAGAAACUAUGGACUUUAUACUCCAUUGAUUUAGAUACCACACAAACAUUAGGACCAAUCUCAUUAUCUCAAGAACUUAGUUCCAAAACACUAAGACUUGGUUUACCUGCUAAUUUUCUUUCACCCGGGCCAUACAAAGCUACGUGUUCAGUGUAUUUUACUCCACCUCAAGGAGUACCAUAUAUUGUCUCAGAAAGCGCAUAUAUAAUAGUUGUCCCACCACCAUUAUUAGUUCAGUUCGAUGUGGGUAAUCCGAUCAGCAAGACAAUCGAUUUAUCUAUUAAUGAGAUAUGCUUAAAACCUGAGGUUUAUUCGCUUGAUCCUGCCUUGAAUAAUGUAAACGUUCCACAGGGUAUCGGAUCUUGGAUAUGGUAUUGCAGGCAAGUCGGUGAAGAACUGUCAGGAAAGUUGAUUUUGCCCAAACCUCCGGGUUAUCAAUACAAUGCAUACUAUACUGGUUGCUUUGGUGAUGGUCCAGGAGUAAUUGAUACAAAUAAUGGUACUCUGUGCUUUACAACGGAAAACUUUAGAAUAAAUAAAACAUAUGAAGUUACAGUCAUCGGCAGUAAACCACCCAAACGGAUUGGAAAAGCUACAAUGCAACUGUUGAUUACAAAUGAAGUAGCCCCAAUCUUUACAAUAAGAUGCAGCAUACCUUAUCUGUGCUACAAUCUAGAAUUUGACUCAUCAAAUUUAACCAGUUGGUUCAUUUCUGAAUCAGAUGAUCUUUAUGUAACAGUUUUCAUAGAGUUUGGAACCCUAAGCCCUGAUAUGAGAUUUAAAUGGAAUAUUAGAGAAAUGCGUUCAGACGGCACACUUUUACCAUUCGAUCAAGUUCAACAAGAUACAUACACAGAAGGGACGUUUACAUCAUCAUGGCGAAUAAAAAAAGGGUAUUUUAUCAAUAAGUCAAAUGAUGUCAAAGGAUGUAUUGUAUGUGUUACCUUAACUAAAAAUACUGACAUAGGAACAUCUUGUUUACGAUUCAAGUAUUUGCCAAGACCCACACCGGGUAUAUGUACAUAUACUUUAAACGAUACAAAUAUGUGUGUAAACUGCGUAAACUUCACUAGUAUUGUUAGUCCACUGACAUAUACAUUCUUUCUUACGAAUUCAUUCAUCAAAAUUGCUCUUGCAAGUGAAAAUCUUCCUACAACUUGUUUCAUUGUACCUUAUAUGUACAGUCCACUAGAUGCUUGUGUCUAUGUUUCUGAUAAAUUUGGGGGUUCAAUAGAAGUAUGCUAUGCGAAUAUAUUCGUCCGAGCAAAAUCACUGGAUCUUAUGCGUGCCGCAAUACAAUCACUUGUAGAAGACAAAAAAACCGAAUUAAACAGAUUGGUUGUUACUGGACAGUUGACAGAAAGUGCUGAUCUAGUUACCAGUUAUGCAUCUGCUGUGCAAAUGUUCUCUACUCUUGAAACUCGGAACUCCGCUGGUGCAAAUAAUACCCCAGAUGCAAUUUUGAAUCGUGAUUUACGUUCUACGGUUAUUCAAAUGCUGGUAAAUACUGUAAACAAUUUUAUACCGACUGAUUCAAAUUCAUUCAUCUUAGCAAUGUCAUGCACUGAGAAUAUACUUAGCAAUACCUUGGACGUGGAUAGAAGUUCGCAGUCAAAAUUAAACACAUACCUUACUGAAGUAACUCAAUCUCUAGAAGCAAUUGCUUGUGAUAAUACAAAUUAUUUGUUAACAAUGACCUCAACUAUAUUUCAAUCAGCGCUUCUUUUAGCUGAUGCUGGAAAUAGUCAGAUUAAUAACCCAAUCUCUUUAGAUAUACCAACAGAUCCAGCUCUACUCGAUUACAAUGUCGAUCUCGAGAAGGCAGGUCUACAGACAUCAGGUUUGGAUCCAAUGAGUGAUUUAAUGUUGCAAAAUAGUGCAGAUCAACAAUCAUUACUGGUUGGUCAGACAUUAGAUAUGAUCCGUAAUCUGAUGAUCACAUCACAAAAAGUCACACAAAGUUUGUUAAUUGAAGGUGCAUCGCCAAUAACAUUUCAGACGUCAAACGGUGUGAUUAGUCUUUCUAAGAUUCUACCGAAUAAUUUGUCAAAUAGAAUUGCUGUAUUGGAUGGAAGCCAAAAUGAUGUUUUUGUAAACAAUUUAUGCAGAAACAUUCAAACUUUAAAUGAAAGUUGUUCACAACCAUAUAGCCUUCAAACAUUCAUAUCGAAAACAAACCUGUUCUCAUUUCGUACUGGUUCAUCUAUACCAAUCCCAUUUCAUACUGAGACUAUUUCAAUGAUUUUAUACAAUAACAAACCAGUUAUCAUUAAAGAUGUCAAAGAAAUAGUUGAAGGAAUUGUUCACAGGUUAUCAAAUUUCAAACAACCAACCUUUACAAGUAUGGAUCCAGGAACAAAUCGACCUCAACUACCAGCUGCACGAAUAGCUGUGGAUAAAACAGAAAUUUAUCAAGCUCUUUUAAUGAGUCAUCAGGUAGUACCAGAUGAUGUAGCUGUAUUUUUCCAGUUGUACCCUGAAAAUAUUUCUGAAUGUCCACAAUAUUUACUGUUUCUAAGACUGAUUGAUCCCCCAGUAAUUUCCUUAUCAACUGGAGGAUAUGAUAUGUGGACAACGUUACCUGAGAACACUUCACAAUGUGUUAAUAUGACCACAAACCCAAAUGAUCCAAAUUACAGAUAUACAUUUAUGUUGGAUAACCGUCAACUAAUGGAGCUUAGAUCAACACAGAAAUAUAGUGAAAGAUUUGAACUUCUACAAAAGUCUGUAGCUCAAACAAUUUACAUUGGUUUUCGUCAAUUAAAUCAGUAUGAGAUUAAUACGUAUAAAAAUACAAGUCCUCCAUUAAUUCCUUAUCCAUACAGAGAUCAAAUAAACAACACAGCGCUUUCACGUUGGUUUUUAACAUCUUGUCUAUCUGGUCAAGUGGAUUCUUCGAAAAAAUGGUCCACAAGCAAAUGCCGAGUUGGUCCUAAGACUACAGUUCAACAGACUCAAUGUAUAUGUGAUGAAUUUUCCACAUUCACAUCUGGAUGGUUUGAACUACCCAACAGUAUCGAUUUCAAUUAUGUAUUUGCUAAUAUAGAUUUUAACAAAAAUCCUACACUGUAUGCUACAGAGAUUUCCCUUUGUAUCAUGUUUCUAUUAAUACUUAUCUGGGCACGUAGAGAAGAUAUUAAGGAUAUAGAAAAGCUUACUGUCACUCAGUUGUCUGAGAAUAAUCCAGAUUGCGAGUAUUUUUAUGAAAUCAUUGUCAGUACUGGACAUCGUAGAUGUGGGGGCACUGAUUCUAAAGUCUGUUUCAUUCUUUCUGGACAAUAUGGUGAGACAGGCUGUUACGUUCUGCAAGAUCCCAAUCGAAAAGUAUUGUGUCGUGGUGCCACGGAUCGAUUUUUACUCGCUUGUCCAAAACCACUGGGGCCGUUAAUUUACAUACGUUUAUGGCAUGAUAAUUCUGGUGUAGGUGAUAAAGCAUCGUGGUAUUGCAAUUAUGUUGGAGUGGUUGAUUUACAAACUAGAGAAAAGUCACAUUUUAUUGUUGAAAGUUGGUUUGCAGUUGAAGAAGGUGAUGGUCAGGUGGAUCGUAUUAUUCCUGUAACAAGUCAAGAAGAAAUGUUAACAUUUAUACACAUGUUCAGUACAACAGCAUCUCGAAAUAUGACUGACGAUCAUCUAUGGAUAUCAGUUGUAGCUCGUCCAAUAUUCAGUCGAUUUACAAGAGUGGAAAGAGUUGCCUGUUGUUUACUUUUACUUUAUCUAUCUAUGCUUGGUUCAUGCAUGUUUUACAAAGGUGAAGGAUCUGUCAAACAACCAAAUUUAAUUAGUCUUGGACCAUUUGGAUUCACUCCCACCGAGUUUUAUGUAGCUAUUGUUAACAAUCUGCUUACAUUCAUUCCAUUGUUUUUAAUCAUUUAUAUAUUUCGUAAUUCACGUUUACGGGUUAGUCAUGCAACAAAAUUACGCCAUGCUAUUGAAGAACAUUUAGAUGAAAAAUUAUAUCUUGGAAAAGCUUCAUUUAUUUAUAGUACUCAGUCAGCAAUACAAGAUACAAGCGAAAAUGAUGACCCUGAGGCUCUGGCUGAAAAUGCUGACGAUACUGAAGGUAAAGAAAAAGGACGAACUUUGUUUUGUGGAUGGCAAAUGCGUAUUUUCGCUUGGUUACUUCUUAUCAUAUGUUUGGGUAUAGCUGUCACUUUUACAACAUUCUAUGGUGUGAUGUUUGGUGAAGCUACAUGUAAAAAAUGGCUGUCAUCAUUGUUUUUAUCAUUCUUUAUAAGUGUACUUCUAGCUCAACCAAUAAAGGUGCUACUGCUAGCCGUGUUCUUUUCAUUCAUUUGUAAAUCAACUGAUCGAGUAGAUCAAAUAGAAAUUUUUGAAGAAGAAGAUCGAAUAAUCCAAACAUUAGGGAAACGGUAUCAACUUCGAAUGGAUAGAGAAUACUUAAAUAAUAACUACCUAUCUGAUGAUUUUCGUCCACAACGUUUGGUAAUCCUACCGCCGGAUCCAUCAGACUUGGCACGUGCUCGAGCUUAUCGACUAAAACAAAGAAGAGCCAAUGAUAUCAUUCGUGAAGUUAUACUAUACGUUUUCUUUCUCACAUUGCUACUAAUUGUCAGCUUAGAUUUCCGUGAUGCUAAUGGAUUUCUCUUGAAAUCUAGUCUACAAAAUUUGUUUUUUCCAAGUUCAUUUCAAAGUAUGAAUGAUGUGGACGAUUUCUAUAAAUGGGCCCAGAAUGUUCUAAUUCCUGGCUUGCGUGCAGAUCGAUGGUAUAAUCGUAAUCCACCUUUGUUCCAACGUGGUUUCUUGCAAGACAGAACAGAUCGAAUAAUUGGUUAUGGAAUGAUGAGACAACUACGAACUAAAAAAGAUUCAUGUAACGUACACGAACUCGCAAAAAAUCUAUUCAAACAUUGCUACGGAAGUUAUGAUAUGUUUAACGAAGAUAAAGAAGCGUAUGGGAUAUCAUGGGCUAAGUUUGAAGGGGAUGAUAAGUCGAAUAAUUCUGCACCAGAAUUUGUUUAUCAAAAUUCAUCACAGUUGAAAGGUUAUCCAUAUCUGGGACAGAUUACAUGGUAUUCUGGAGGUGGAUAUGUUCAUUUACUAAGAGGUUCGAAGGAUGAAAUGUUAAACAGGAUGAGUUUUUUAAAUCAAACUCACUGGAUCGAAUUCUCUACACGUGCAAUAAUAGUACAAUUUACAGUGUAUAAUCCUAAUAUCAAUCUGUUUGCCAUUAUAACUGCUCUAAUUGAAAUGCCUGGUAUCGGUGCAAUGAUACCAUCGUAUCGUAUCGAAACGGCUAAUUUGUUUGGAGUACUGGGCUCUAAGACUAAGCUUGCGCAAAUUACAUCUCAGGCACUAUUUGCAUUCAUACUAUUUUGUUAUUUAAUCAAAGAAAUACGCAGUAUGUUCAGACAACGGUUGAAAUAUUUCACGAAAUUUUGGAAUUUUGUUGAGUUAUUCAUUAUUUGCGGUUCCAUAGCUGCUAUCGCUGCAUAUAUUUACAUGAUACUGAGUACAAAGUCAUCUAUUGAAGAGUUUUCACGUACACAUGGUAAUAUUUAUAUGAAUUUUCAACUAUUGGCAUACUGGAAUGAAAAUCUUACGUAUUUAACCGCUAUAAUUUGCUUCUUUGCCAUGUUAAAACUUGUAUACUUAUUUCGUUUUAAUCAAAGAGUUGGUUUAUUAGGGUCUGUGUUGAAAUAUGCAGCAACAGAUUUAAAAUAUUUCUGCUUUAUAUUCUUGGUUGUUUUUUCUGCAUUUGUAUUGGUCUUCUACUUACUAUACAAUGAUACACUAAGUGGUUUUAAGACAAUUUUAAAUGCUAUAGAAACAAGUAUGCAGAUUAUUCUGGGGAAAUUCGAUUUCACAAGUAUGUAUGAACGACAAAUGGUGUUGGGUCCAUUACUGUUUGCUGCUUUCUCUUUAUGCGUUGUAUUUGUAAUGGUCAGUAUGUUUAUUGCUAUACUCGAUGAGAGUUUCCAACGUGUCCUUAAAGAUUUAAGUUUGCAGUCAGAUGAUCAUGAAAUGACUCAGUUUAUUGCAAUCCAAUUUAUCCAAUCUAUUGGUCUAGAUAGAACAACAUGGGGUAAGAAUUUUAUCAAAAACGUCAAUACACAACAACAAGAACCAAUUUAUGAUCCAGAAAGUGAAUCUUCGAAACAUGUUGCUCAGCUGAAAUCACUAAUGAAUGAAUUCUUAGAGCAUGUUCAACAAAACUUGAUUACAGAUGAAAGAAAAUCCGUGGAUUCGAAGUGA